AUCGAGUAGUCAUUAUCGCUGCGCAUGAUAGUUGUGUGCUCAGUAUCGAUAAGUGUAGAUGUAGAAAAAAAUAUAGUGAGAAUAUGGCGAGUCUUGAGGGCCAGCAAGAAAAUUAUUCGAAUAACCCAGCAGUGGAAAACAUACCCAAACGACCCGAAAGCCGAGAGGGCAGCGCCGAACGGAAAGCGUCCAAAGACCGCGAGGAGAAACUGAAAUAUGCGCGCGAUCGACAAAAUGAGGAGAGACAGAGAAAAAUCGAAGAGUUGCGAGCUCAAGCCGAGGCGGCGCAAAAGUAUCGCGAACAAAAGGAGGACGAGCGUCGUCGUCGCAUUGAGGAGAUACGCGUGCGUGACACAGAGAAACGUCAUCAGGUGGAGGAGCGCAAAAAGGCCAUAAUUGAGGCCGAGAAGGAGCGACGAGAGUAUAUACUCAAAAAGAAUCAGGAGCGCGAAUCCCGAAUAGAGACAAAGAAACGGGAUAGAAAUUCGAUUGCGUUUGCUUUUGGCUCGUCAACGCCACGUUUGCUGGAUGUGCCGGCGGAUUAUGGCUUGGUAUCGCCCAGCACUUUCUGGAGUCAAAGACGUUCCACAUCUAUAUCAAACGUAGCGGGCGCCUCGCUCUCACGUCGCAGUUCCGAACGUGAACUCGCCGAUAGUGGUGCUAAGAAGCGUACCUCCUCAUCCACGGACAGACACGAUGAUCAUCGCCGUAAGUCUUCGUCCAUGUACGAGGUUUUCAAUUGGGGCUAUUCGAAUGAUGAGCCGCCAAAGCGUUUUUCGUUAUCGAUAGCUGGCAGCGAAAUAAAUAUCGAUGGGCCAGCCCAUCCCAUUAAGAACAACGCCCAAAAACUGACUUCCACAACAACAACAACCACAACUGCGCACAGACCAUAUACAACAGCAACAACUGCAAGCCACAACAACAACAACAAUAACUCAUAUCGUAAGGAAGAUAUCGUUGACACAACACAACAGAACAUGAUGUUCCGAAGCGUUUACCGCAGGAAAACGGAUCUCAUGCCGACAAUACCCAGCCCUCGAGACGGGCACUACGGUUCGCGCAGCUCAUUGAGCACCACGCCCAGAACCCCAGGACGCGCCUACUCGAUGAACCGCUUGGAUCAGCUGGCCCAGCCCAUACGUCGCAAUGGUGAGCAUAUGCGUGCCAUACUGGAACGGGAGCGACGUGAACGGGAACUGGAAAUGCUGGACGAGACGUCUUCGCUAGGUGGCCACAGUGCCAACGGUCGGCGUGGCCCGGCUAGGGGCAAGCGAGCGGGCAGUGCGAGUGCCGGUGCCAGUGGCACAUCGACAGCGACUGGCAUUAUGUCGCGCAGCAUGACUCAUCUGGCUGGCUGUGCUCAACGGGAGCGUGGAAAGUAUUCGCUGGGUGGCGGCAUUUCAACAAGCUUUCGGCCUUUGGGCAGCGGUCAGCGUGACUCCAGUAAGAGCAUGACACAGAUAAGCUAUUCGUGGUCGACCACAAACAGCACCAACAACCACCAACAACACCACCACCACUACCCACAACAACAACAACAACAACAACGCCAAUCGAAUCUUGGCUUGCAAACAGCAGCAACUAAAAAAUAUCUUCAAAGCUCAUUUGCCUCAUUCAACAACCUGUCGUCUAGGCGUGCCCAGCAACAAUAUGCGAACUCCACUAUUACUAACCCUAAAUACAACCGUUAUCACGACCUCGAUCCAAACUCAUUGUUGCUCAUGAACUCUUCUAGUUUGUUAGUGAAUGCAGGCUCACGUUCUGGCAAUGUAACACCCGGCGGACAUGGUCAUCUGAGCGGCUCACGUCCCGGCAGCGCGAUGUCCACGUCAACAACGUUGUCCACAGCCAAUCCUGUGGCACGACGCCCAGCGACGGCGCCACGCAAACCACGACCAGCUAGCAUAGCAGGCACUGGCAUGUCCCUAGAUGAGUUGAAUAAACUAAAGCGGGACACUCAUAAGCCACCAUUGAAGACAACAACAAAUACGGCAUCGUCGCCAUCCACGUCUACAGCACAAACGACACCCAAACGAACACCGAACCUCAUGUCCACCUCAAUGAUCGUCACCUCCAGCUCAACGCGCAUGCACAGCGCCGAAAAGAAGACGCCACAAAAGCGGGAAACGCUGCCACCAAAGUCUGCAUCCGCUUCCAAGGCACAGCCACAUAGUCGCACCGGCAGCAUGGAACGGAUUAAUCGACGAAACAAGGAGUCAACAAUUAAGGCUGCACCUGUUCCCUCAGUGAUGAGCACGUCCAUGAUUGUGACCAGCAGCAACAGCAGCUCCACGAUAACAGCUGCACCAGAGGCAAACGGUGUGGCCAAGGAUCCAGUGGAACAGCUUGCAGCAGAGUUGCCAGUUCCUGAUGCAGUGAUUGCUGUUAGCAAAGCGGAGAAGGAGGCAUUAAACAAUGUAAAAACGGAGCAAGUGCAACAGCAGCAACAAGUGGAGCAACAGCAGCUACUUCAACUAGAUGGUAAGACACAAAACGAACAGGUGUCGCAGCCAAUUCCAGAAGUUGCAUCUAUCAAUGUUGAUGAGAAGGCAGACGAGGGCAAUGAGAAGCCACAGGCACAGUCACAGCCACAGUCACAGCCACAGUCACAGCCACAACCACUGCAACCACCACAAAUUCCACAGGAGUCUAAGAAGACAUUGCGUAAUGGCGGCAGCAAGGAGAACUCGGAGGUGCGCGAAUUGACGCCCCCAUCUGCAGAUGGCAAUAACGAUUUGAUGACCGCAUCGAUGAUAGCCAAAAAGAUUACGACUGAGGAGGAGGCUAAGGCCGCAUUAGCCGAAAGACGACGCCUGGCCCGCGAGGAGGCCGAACGACAGGCGGAAUUGGAGCGCCAAAGGCUUGAGGCUGAGCGCCUUGCCGAGCUCAAGGCACAAGAAGAAGAGGCCGAACGCCAGCGACUAUUCGAAGAGGAAUCCACACGUUUGGCCGAGCAGCAGCGACGCGGCGAAGAGGAACGUCUGCGAAAAGCCAUCGAGGAAGCAGAACAGCGCGAAGAGGAGGAACAGCGCCGGCGUGAGGAUGAGGAACGCCAGCGUGUCGAGCGUGAGGAGGCCGAAAAGAAGGCCAAGGAGGAGGCUGAAAAGCAACGCGUCGAGGUAGCCGAACGCCUCAAGCGCGAAGAAAAGGAACGUGAAGAGCGACGCAAACGCGUCGAAGCAAUUAUGUCGCGAACCCGCAAAGGUGGCGGUGCUGCUGCCACGCCCGUCAAGGAAUCCUCGGACCCCAAGACUGGUGCACCCAAGGAUGCAAAUGACGCGAACAGCAGCAGCAGUAACUCAACUGGCGGCUCUCCUAGCAGCAGCAGCACAAGUAAUGACGCCGUUGCUCCACCAGCUACAGAAACAGAGUCAUUGGAGCAACCACCAAACAGUCAGGCCAUGUAUGAGCAAUCGGUGCUGGACAAAGAGAAUUCACUCAUAAAUAGUUUCUCAAAUUUGAUAAUUGAUGAGAAUGCCAAGAACAACUUGCAACAGUACGAGGUGAGCAAUGGCAAGCUGCAUGUGGAAACAACAGCUGCAACAGUUACAGCAGCAGUGGCCAAUGGGAAUGGCCAUAUCGAGAAUGUGAGCAACAAGAACGACAUCAAUCUGCUGCAGGAUGCAGUGAAUCCAGCUGUUACGCAACUAAUCGAUCUGAGCAUCGAGUCCCAUCAACCACAACAGCAACAGCAACAACUGCACAUGAACAAUAAUAACAAUAACAAUAAUAAUAACAACAACAACAGCUUGCUGACGAGCACAGCGGCAAACAACACGCUAGUCACUGCUGAUAGUCACGAGAAUAAAGAUAUAUCGCUGCUGUGAAUUCGUUGAAGUUAACCAAAACACGAUUGUUUUCUAAACUAUUUAAAAAAAAACAGAAAACAUAUGAAAAUCAACAAAAAACUGAUAUAUAGCUAAAUGUGUGUGGAGUAUUUAUUUAUAGAAUUGAGUUAAACAAAACAAAAUGCAAAAGUAAUGAAGGCGAAAGGCAACAAAUUAUGGUUACUAGCGAUACUAACAAAAACAAAAAACAAACAGGAAAAAUGCUUAUAAAACUAUAUACACUUUAUUAUAUACAUAUAUAUAAAAGAGAACUAAACAUUGUAACGCAGGCCAAGCUGCAAAAGAGAAAUGAAGAAAAAACGUUUGCAUGUAAUAUUAGUUAAGAACUAAGACACAAAAAAGUAAAGAAAAUGCUGAUAAACCAUAUAAAAAAUGAUAUAUAUAUAUAUUAACAUAUAUAUAAUGCUGAUCAAGCCCAAAAUCAUCAUCAUGCAAAGCAAUUCGAUAUCAGAAGGUUCCAAAAAAAUUAAAAACAAAUAAUUGAUGAUUUUUAAUUACAUUUCUUGCUAAUUAUAAUUAUGAUAAUUACUGUGUGUAAAAGGAAAAUUGCUUGUGAGUCCAAAACUCUGCGUUAUAUAUAAUUGAAAAUUAUAUAUAGAAAAUAGAGGAAGAAGGAAGAAAAAAAAGAAAUAAGAGAUGAAGCAUGGGACAUAUUAUGUGUGAAGCUCCCCCCUAGAGAGAGAAGAGAGAAAUGUUUGGAAAAUGUAAUAGAUGAUAAUACGAUUUAUAUACGACCUCAAUGCUGGGCGCUGUUCCCCCGUACCCCCCUCCCAAGCCCCACUGUGUGUUUAUUGCCCAAUUUUUUUUACUGCACAGUUGUUUGUAUAAGUUAAGUUUAAAAAUACGUUGAGCCAACGAAUCGUGAGGUAUUAUUUAUUAAAAGAAAUGAAAGUGGAAGAAUUACGAAAAAAUAUUGUCUGAAAUUAUUUGCUGAUACUAUUGUUCUAUGUUGAAUAUGCGAUGCGUAGCCUAUGUAAACAACAAACACGGAUAUCAGAUAUCAGUGCUUACACAC